AUGCAGUACAAGGCGCUUGUCACCUUUGUUGCUCUUGCUUGCUCGCUCGCCGGGGCGUCGCCCAUCCCUCAACGCGACGGCACUGAUCCCAGGCCUACGUUGGUCAUUCCUGUCCCGGGACAACCGACGAUACUCCCUCCCUGGCCCCCUGUCCCACCCCAGCCGACGGACCUUCCGACCAAACCACCCGUGGAUCCGCCCAAGCCAACCGUCGAGCCCCCCAAGCCGACCGUUGCUCCUCCUAAGCCGCCCGUCGAGCCCCCCAAGCCGCCCGUAGAACCCCCCAAGCCGCCCGUCGAGCCUCCCAAACCACCCGUCGAGCCUCCCAAGCCGCCCGUAGAACCCCCCAAGCCGCCCGUCGAGCCUCCCAAGCCGCCAGUGGAGCCUCCCAAGCCACCCAAGCCACCCGUUGAGCCUCCUGUCCCUCCCAAGCCGCCCGUCGAGCCUCCCAAGCCACCCGUGGUACCUCCUUUCCCUCCCAAGCCACCCGUUGAGCCUCCUGCCCCUCCCAAGCCGCCCGUCGAACCUCCCAAGCCACCCGUGGUCCCUCCUUUCCCUCCCAAGCCGCCGGUUGAGCCUCCCAAGCCACCCGUGGUUCCCCCUUUCCCUCCCAAGCCACCCGUUGAGCCUCCUGCCCCUCCCAAGCCGCCCGUCGAACCUCCCAAGCCACCCGUGGUCCCUCCUUUCCCUCCCAAGCCGCCGGUUGAGCCUCCCAAGCCACCCGUGGUUCCCCCUUUCCCUCCCAAGCCACCCGUUGAGCCUCCUGUCCCUCCCAAGCCGCCCGUCGAACCUCCCAAGCCAACGGCUGUCCCGCCUAAGCCGCCAGUGGUUCCUCCCCUUCCUCCCAAGCCAACUGUUGUCCCACCUAAGCCACCCGUGGUUCCUCCCGCGCCUCCCAAGCCAACUGACGUCCCUCCCAAGCCGCCUGUCGUGCCUCCCGCGCCUCCCAAGCCUACCGUGGUACCACCCAAGCCGCCUGUGGUUCCUCCCGCGCCUCCCAAGCCAACUGUCGCACCACCCAAGCCACCUGUCGUCCCUCCCGCGCCUCCCAAGCCUACCGUGGUACCACCCAAGCCGCCUGUGGUUCCUCCCGCGCCUCCCAAGCCAACUGUCGCACCACCCAAGCCACCUGUCGUCCCUCCUGCGCCUCCCAAGCCUACCGUGGUACCUCCUUCCCCUCCCAAGCCCCCUGUGGUUCCUCCAUUCCCCCCUAAGCCAACGGUCGUGCCCCCGAAGCCAAAGCCCGCAGAGAAUUGA